AUGCCUCCCCAGUUCAUCCCGCUCCAGCUCAUGCCUCAACAGGCUUUCGCAGGGCCAGGGAAUGAUUGGACUGGCACCACUGACCCAAAAGAAAGAAGGAAGAUGCAGGAUCGCAUCCACCAAAGAAUCAGGCGGCAACGAUUAAAAACAACAACGGGGAAAUUUAGCAAUCAUCGUUGCUCCAGCACCACUGCGCCGCAGGAAACAGAGUCUUUAACUCUAGCUUCCUUCACAGCCUGCGAGCCUGAUAACAAACGCACUGGGGACUUUAUUGUUCAGUUCAGCACUGAAGCUGAUUACAUCUUCAGCAUUGGCGCGCCUUCCGUUGACAUGCUGCUUAGCCUCAUCCAGUUCAACACAACGCGGGCAUUGAUUAUCAACGCAAGAGUGAUGGGCAUCACAAGUGAGCUAAUGGCUCCAGAUUCUCGGUCUCGAUUUGUCAUUGGAAAUAGCAAUGCAACGGCGCACGACCUGAUCCCUAAGAGCCUCGAACCAACCCAGCUACAGCUCACCGUCAUUCAUCACCCAUGGAUCGAUAUCUUGCCGUUUCCCGAGGUCCGAGAUAAUAUAUUGCGUCAUGACGAGAAUAUGUAUGAUAAAAGAGAGCUUUGCCGCGAUUUGAGAGGGUUUCAGUCGGUUACUCAAGGACGGGGCGGGUUGAUUGUAUGGACAGACCCUUGGGACCCGAAAGGAUGGGAAGUCACUGAAGCUUUUGCUUCCAAGUGGCCGUGGGUAAUUAGAGACUGCCAUGAGUUGCUGGAAUCCACAACGUACUGGAGAGCAGUAAGAGGCGAGUCACAAUAG